UAAGAAAGUAGACUACGCUAACUAUUUUAUGAAUAGCAAGACUUAAUUUAGCUAUUAUACAUUUAGCGCUAUAGCUGAUCGUGAAUCUACAAGGACCACAGCCGAUAUCAGACGACAAGCUAGUAAUGAAUUUUAUAGCAAGUCAGACAACUGCCUUGUGCAUUGUAGUUGGGCUAUUUCUUACAAUCACAGUUAUUGAAGCCCAAAAGUUUACAAUUGAGCCCGAGUCAGUGAUACAAGCCGAGGGAUUAUUGGCAAAGUUUGAGUGCCUGUCUCCUGGAGCAUCAGGUUAUCCUUGGUUCGUGGACGGCACACCGUCUGUAAGCCCUGACUUUUCAUCUGAAAUCAAAGUAGCUGGAGGUACUUCAGGUCGUCCCUCAGUGCUGACCAUCCCAGCUAGCUCACAGUUCAACAACAGUGUCAUUCAGUGUGCAGCAUUUUCACUGAGUGGUGCAGUGUUGUUCUCAAGGAUUGCAAUAUUGACAGUUGAGCGUGUAAUUCUUGUGGUGUUGAAUGGUGAAACCAAAAUUACUGUCUCCGUAAUGAAUAAUUUCACUAUGAAUAACCUCGCCUAUCGUGUGGACAUCUCCCUGGUGCCUCUGGUCACCAAUGAGAUGGUUGCACUUCCUCCUCUAAAUGGGAUUCAAAAUCAAGUGCAGUUUAAUUAUCAACAACUUAAGAACCACACUGUCUGUGAUACAUUCACCUUCACUGUGACUCCGAUUACUUCUGAGUCAGGAAUGGAAGGAAAUCAGAGUGAACCAGUCACUGGGUUCUUUACACAAGUAACAGAUAGUAAUGUCAUUCCUCUCAUCAGUCAGGGAGGUAAUGUGUUGAAGAAAAUAGUACAUCUCGGUGGUAUGGUACCAAACUGUACCAACUUCACCUCUUACCAAGUUACCACUGACAUAUUGGUACCCAUCAAUAAGACCAUUGAAGACCCCCAAAUGAUAAAUUUCUCUCUUCCCACUGACCAGAUAAUCAACAUCUCUGUGACGCUUACUUCGAUCACGGGUGUGCGCCUCAUAUUCAAGGACAUGCUAAUCAGAACAACUGAUGUUCAAAACUUGAUUGUGCACGUUUGCCCUCAAGAAAACUGUGCGAGUAUUGAAUAUGUUGAAAGUACCCUCUCUCCCGGAGCUCUUCUCUGUGUGAUACGUAUCAUUGAUGGAGAGUUGGAUUUUCAAAGCACAAGGCUAGUGCCAAUUCGACGGCACAUGAGUGACAAUUUUACCAUCCCGGUGGCUGUUAGUGGAAAGUACAGUGUGGUUGCAUUUGACCUUGAGAACAACAAUAUGAGUGUACCAAGAAUGCCCAUUUCUAUAGUGGCCGACGAUGAAACUACGGUUUUGAGCAAUGAAUCUUCCACUGAACCAAGUUCUCCACCUAAUUCUGAGGGCAUCACUGUCACUAAACUAUCAAAUGGAAGUGCUGAAGUAACCUGCACUACCUCUGGCCAGAGUUGUCUAGCAUUGUUUCAAUCUAAAACCUCUCUUGAUUUGAUGGUGGUGGUUGGUUUUAUUGAACCACCUAAUGACAGAACUGUUGUCUCUCUUGAUGCCACUUCUGAUGUUUAUGUGGUAGUGUACACUUGGAACAGUGAUUCUGGUGAGACCAUCUUUGAUGGGAAGGUAUCCUUCAUUGAUCAAUUGGAGCUACGAACCAGUCCUCCCCGUACACAAUCACCUCCUGACAGUACGGAAUCUCCAUCAUUGUCUUCACCUCAACCUCCACCGCCCAUAGUAAUAAUAAUAGUCAUUGUUGUUACUCUGAUUCUGGUCAUUGCGAUAAUUGUCAUCGUUAUUGUUAUUCUGUAUCGAGUGAAGAAAGGCAAACGAGGCAACAAGGUGUUGCAUUCCAGCUACAUUCAUGAAUUAGAUGAAGUGAUCCCGUACCAGGAACAAUGGAAAAGGUUCACUACAAUAGAAAGCUAGAAUUGUGACUGGAUGUUGUCUCUGUAAUACCAUAUUACUAGAAUAUUUUGCAGGUGAAAAACCUUUGCGAAUGAGCCAAAUCAGCAGAAAAUUUGACCCUUUGCGAUCUAACUAUUGCGUUCUGGCAAGGAUCGUGUGUAUUUACUAGUAAUAAAAUAGGUUUUGCGGAUUUUAUUGUUGCGACAAUAUUGAUCAACCCUCGCAAAAUUCGCAAAUGUUUGAUUCUCGCAAAACAUUCUAGUAAUACGGUAGCUGACUGAGACUCUGGAAUCCUACUCCAGGAGCCAUACUUCUCUGAGACUCCAGGCUUCUUUACUGUGAUCCUAGUCCACGGUGCAUAUAUCUAUGUACCAUAAAACUCUGUUCUCAAAUGUUUCAGCAUGUCUCGCUCUGGUUUAGUUCUGAGUUGCUGGGCUAGACAGCUCAGUAACUACCUAGUUCUUAACUUCUGGUUUCUUUGUAAUCAUGUCACCAGCCGAGGGUUUGCACUUUAGUGCUCUAGUUUGCUGGUGAAUAACCUUUACAAAUGAGCCAAAUCAGGAAAAAUUGACCCUAUUGUGCUCUGGCAAGGAUUAUGUGUAUUAAUUUACCAUACUAAUUUUAGGUGUGCGAUUUUAUUGAUAAACCCUUGCAAAGUUUUUCAUGUUUGAUGCUCAAAAAACAUUCUAUAGUAACAGUAUACGGUACAUACAUGUAUCACUUGAACUAUUUUACCGGCUGGCUAUAUAAUUUGUGUGUCUUUAGAUAUAAUCAAGGGCGUAUGAAGAGAAGAGGGCAUGCAACUACAAUCUAUCAAAUGGGCGGAGGUUUAUGUCUAAAGAAUGUAUUGCAUGUGCACUUUAUACUCUGGCUAGCCUUUAUUCCCUAGUGGACGGUUGGCUAAAUCAUGACUAAAUAUAGUAUAUCCUGCUGACUCAUCAAUAAUAUGACGCAUACACAGUAUACAUUGUGAGUUGCAUGCCCUCUUCUCUUCAUACGCCCUUGGUAUAAUUAUGACUGAGCAGUAAUUACCAUGAAUUCACAAUGGUACAAAUACUACUCAGGGGUGAUAGGUACGUUGUAAACUUGUGUUAUCUGUUAGCUACUAUAUAGUGUGAAUACUCUGAAACAAACUUAUUUGUGGGACAGUAUACAGUGGAGCCCCUGAAUGAUAACCUCUAUAACCUGUUCAAUUCUUCAUGCAGACAUUUUGGCAAAGGUGUCAAGUAGUAUAAAAUUAUGUGCACUACUAUAAUUAUGUCACUGUGGGAGUAAAUUUUAGGGAUAGUGCUUACUUUAUAGUAGUUUGUUUGAAGUACAUACAUUUAUAUGUGUCACUGUAUACGUGUCAGCUAAUUCCCCAAGUGGAGUCUGUUGACAGUUGCAUGUGUGUACAUAUGUAGUGUAACUUCAAAAUCUUUGUUGGUAGUUUUCGUAACUAGUUGGACUACUUUCCAUUUCAUCAUGAGAGGCUAGAUAUCUCAAUAACUUACACAUGUACGUGUUAUGCCCUGCUAUUAGUAGCUUUAUGUUAUGUAGCUUUGGCACCUCCACUGAGGUAUCAGCACCCGCGGUGCUUUCAUAUUGAACUUAUUACUCUAGGAAAUUAUGAUUGGCAAAACACAUACAGAUAUAAUUAUUGUCUCAAUAACAGGCUAUACAUGUAAUAGUUGUACCAUGGAUAUCAAGGGUGUAUUGGAUUUGUACUGCCGAGGGCAGUUCUAUGUAUUCCUCGAGGGAAUACAUACAUGUACAACUGCACGAGGUAGUACAAUCAUAGAUUGAGUAGAGAGGGAUUGGAAACGAGGUACCCUCGAAGUACCAUCCGUGUUUCCCCGCGGUUUUAAUCGAGGCUUAUUUCCAACGUGGGGUCUAAACAUGAAUAAUAAUUCAUGAGAAUUGUUUUUGCUGUCUGUAAAAAGUCCACGAGCAGUUUUGCUUCUAAACAUCAACUUCAUUAAAUACUUGUGGCCAUUUGGGACACAGCACACUACUUAGUGACACAACCUUAGCUAUAUCGUAGUAGCUAAACUGACACAAGCAUGAAAAAUCGCUCUGUGUUAGACUAGCUACUUCAUGACAAUCAAGAUUGUAUUUUCUUCGUUUCCAAAUGAUACUCACCAUCAGGGGGCAUUUGUUUAAGUGCUAGAGGGGUCUUUGAGACGCAUGCAUAGACUCAGUUGAAACACGGAUUGUUUCUGAACUCUACAUAGACUUCAUUGUAAAACAUCACGUGAACCACUUCCGUUACCAAUCCCCUUCUACUCUAUCUAUGGUACAAUAACAGUACACACGCAGAUAUCCAUGGUACAGGUUAGUCUCAUGAAUCAGCCGCCGUUCCUUUGGAACACCGUCUGAGCACUCUUGUCAUCGUUUUAUGUGCCAAGACGGAAUUCCGUCUUGACCAAUCAGAUUGCAGAAGUCCAGUCAGGUGAUGAACUUGGAGGCAGCAAAGAACUGCACUUUGCUCAACGCAUUUGGAUAACCAUUAUGCAUGCAUUACUAAUGGUAAACGCUUCAUACAAAGAAGCUGCUGCGAAGCAUAAGCAAGCCAACCUUGGGCAAGAAUCAGUAGUUUGAUACUCUUCUCUUCUUAUGCACGAAAUUUUCAAGGCACUUAACUUUCAAUAGAAUUACCUAUAUAUAAAACAUAAAUUUCACGCUAUACCUUAUGUCAAUGCACGUUGCAUCCGCUGUUAGCAAUGUUUGUGGAGGACUCUUGAAAACAACACGGUAUACGGUAUAUACGUGUAUAAAUUAUACUACUUGAAGUCAAUUAGUACUAUAUGUUUCUAACUAUAAUUUAUACAACAUGUGUGCUAAAUUUACCAUUGCAUGACUGUAUGAUAUACUGGAAGUUACAUGCACACCGAGGUAUAAUGAAUGUCAAGCAGUAAGUGUACAGAAUUAUAAUGAAUGUCAAAGUAUUAAGUGUAC